AUGGCUCUCCCGGUCGUAAACAUAAACAUAGACUAUGAGGCUGAAAAAGAUAAAAUCAGCCAGUUUUUCUCAAACUUCGUCGGUGAUGAUCUCAGCCGCGGCUUGGCUGACCUCGAUCUCGACAAUGAUGCGGGACAGACAAGAAGCAAAAGAUUGAAGUAUAUGGACCAGUUGCAAUGCAUAGCCAACCGAGAGCAACAGAUGCUGGCUAUUGACCUCGAAGACGUUGCGGAGCACGAGAAGACCAUAUCAGAGCUCGUGUCGCGGAUACGGAGCAACACUCGACGCUAUGUCACUCUAUUCAGCGAGGUCAUUGACAAGCUCAUGCCUAUUCCGACAAAAGACAUCAGUGAACACGACGAGGUCAUAGAUGUAAUUCUUCAUCAACGCAGAGAGCGCAAUGAGCGACUAGAAGGUAUGCAAGAGGGCUUCCCGGAGCAUCUUCUACGACGAUAUAACCUCUACUUCCAACCACUCCGGUCCGACAUCGCCAUGGCUGUUCGAGGUGUCAAGGGUGUAAACCUUGGGAAGCUCAUCACCGUCCGCGGAAUCGUCACACGUGUCUCAGAGGUGAAGCCUUUGCUUCUUGUGAACGCCUACACUUGCGACGUCUGCGGUUCCGAAACGUUCCAAGACGUCUCACAUAAGCAGUUUACCCCCAUCAUCGACUGUCAGAACGAGAAUGAGUGCAGGAAGAAUGGGAUCCAUGGUUCACUGCACAUGCAAACCCGCGCUUGCAGAUUUAGUCCAUUCCAGGAGGUCAAAAUUCAGGAGAUGGCCGACCAAGUUCCUGUCGGGCACAUUCCCCGCUCGAUGACGGUUCACGUCAACGGCGCUCUCACACGUCAGAUGAACCCAGGCGACAUUGUCCACCUUGGCGGUAUCUUCCUUCCUAUUCCUUACACGGGCUACCAGGCUGUCAGGGCGGGUCUUUUGACGGACACCUACCUGGAAGUGCAUCAUAUCUACCAGCUCAAGAAGCAGUACAGCGAGAUGGAACUGACUCCCGAGGUGGAGGCGCAGCUUAUCAAGCUGCGCGAGGACCCUGCCCUCUACCAGAAGCUCGCACAGAGCAUCGCGCCUGAGAUUUACGGCCACAUCGACGUGAAGAAGGCGCUGCUCUUAUUACUCGUCGGAGGUGCAACAAAGACGACGGGUGACGGGAUGAAGAUCAGGGGUGACAUAAAUAUCUGUUUGAUGGGCGAUCCUGGUGUGGCAAAGUCUCAGCUACUGAAGUACAUCUCAAAGGUCGCCCCGAGAGGUAUUUACACCACUGGAAAAGGCUCUUCCGGCGUUGGUCUCACCGCAGCCGUCAUGCGGGAUCCCGUCACGGAUGAGAUGGUCCUAGAGGGAGGUGCACUUGUUCUGGCGGACAACGGAAUUUGCUGCAUUGACGAGUUCGACAAGAUGGAGGAGUCCGAUAGGACAGCCAUCCACGAAGUCAUGGAGCAGCAGACUAUUUCCAUCUCCAAGGCAGGCAUCUCAACGACACUCAACGCUCGUACCUCCAUUCUAGCAGCAGCUAACCCGCUCUAUGGUCGGUACAACAAGAAGCUGUCACCUGUUGAGAACAUCAACCUUCCGGCAGCGCUAUUGUCCCGUUUCGACCUGCUCUUCCUCAUCGUGGACAAGCCGACCCGAGACGAGGACGAGCGACUCGCACAGCACGUUACGCAUGUGCAUAUGUACAAUGCCCCACCGGAGCUUGACUACGAAACUACCGACCCUGUCAUCAUCCGCCAUUAUAUUGCUGGUGCGCGCCAAAAGCGCCCCACCGUCCCUCGAGAGGUUUCCGACUACGUCGUCGACGCAUACGUCCGCCUGCGCAAGCAAUCCGUCGAGAAUGAGAAGGCCGAAAAGUCUCACUCUUAUGCGUCCGCACGUACGCUACUUGGCGUGCUACGUCUCUCGCAGGCUCUCGCGCGCCUGCGCUACUCGGAUGAGGUCGAGGAGGGCGAUGUCGACGAGGCGCUGCGGCUGAUGGAGGCGAGCAAGGAGAGUCUACUCGAGGACGACGAGAAGGAGCGCGACACCGACCGGUCGGAUACGAGCAAAAUCUACCGGCUCAUCAAGGAGGAAUUCAGCAAGCUUAAGACUGGCGGCGGGCGCAGCAGGAGGCAGCACGAGGAGAUCACAGUGCUGGACCUUCGUGCGCGUGUACUUGCCAGUGGCUUUGCCGAGCACGAAUUGAUGGAGACCAUCCUAAAGUACGAGGAUCUUGGGGUCCUGAUGCGCGUGGCAAACGGCUCGAAGAUCCGCUUGGUCGAAUGAACUGGGACUCACUGUAUAGUCGCUGUGUAUCGACUCACUUGCUUUUUGUCGUGCUUUUUGGUAUCUUUGUGUCUACCGAUGUUAACUUGCAAUAUAAAUAUACCAUGCUAGAUAAAACAAGAAACUACACUGAAUUCAAUCUUAAGUAUUAUGAGUGAGGUUCUUGCGAUGCAUGUUCCCAGCUCUCUCCACUCCCACUUCCACUGCCCGCAGGACUAUCUGACCGCUCCUUCUCAUGCGGCUCUGGCUCGUCUUUGUAUCGCGUCGGCGGCCCACUAGCACUCACCGGGUCAUCGUCCUCUAAGAAUCCAGGGUGGUAUCCCAAACCAACGGAUGUACUCUCUGCACCCCUGCGCAAGCUCGUCUCCUCGUCCGCAUCCUCGUCCUCGUCGUCCUCGUCAAAUGCGGCGUAAAGCUCCUUCGAGCGCGGUCCUGCGCGGCUGCCGCCGACAUGGCUCAUUGCGACGUCGUCUCCCGCAGGCAGGCUCGUGUAAUUCUGCCGACGGCGCACAGAACGGCGCCAGAAGAAGAGGCCCGCACUCACACCGAAAAGGAUGACAGCGCCGAGCGCGAUGAAGAACCAAGUCUGACUCGUCAUCAGGGUCGAGAGGUUAGGGAACCAGCCCUCGUCGGGCGUGGGUGUUGUUGAGGGUGUUGCACUCGGGGCAGUGGCUUCGUCGUCGACAGGCUUCGCCUCGGUCGAGUUGUUGGAGCCAGGGAACGUUGGUUUAUUCGCCUCGCCUGGUGCGUCGCCGUGAUCGCCGGGAAGAUAUGCGGUUGGCUUCGGGAUAGUCUUGCUGGUGGUAGGGGUGGUAGGGGACGCUGAUGAUGAUGGGGUGGAAGCUUCUUCCUCGCUAGGAUACAGCGGCGGCAGCGUACUACUUAUAACGGGUACCUCGUACGUCUUCGCCUGCGCAGGGUCGAUGACGGAGCCCCAAAAGGUCAUGGUCCAACCAAGGAACUUGCCAGUCCGUUCUUCGUUCUCCUGGUCAGAAACGCGGAUGGUCCACUCGCCGACAGGUUUCUCAUCCCAGUGCUUGACAGUGCUGAAUGUCCAGCCCGGGAAGCCGGUCGUUGCCCCGUCGCCACGCCGCCUGCCAGCCAGAACGCUCUUAACGCCGUUCGGACUGACAAGCUCGACUUCAACAUCCCCUCUAAGGUCGUGUUGAAUCCAGACCUUGACAGUGACAUGCUCGAGCUUCUCGAAAUUGUGCUCAUGCAUAAGAUCUUCCGUGACAGUCAUUGUGCUCGUGAUUCCGUCGGCGGGGAUCUCCUCACCACCGCUCAUGGAGUGAAAAAGAUCCAUAGUGCCGUUGUUGAUUUGAAUGGUAGGCAUCUCGAUCCACGCCUGAGGCUUGACAGACUGCCAGUUCCUUGCGGCAUUGACGAACGCGACGCCGCUGAGGGCACCAUAGCCGUAUUUAUAGCUAUAGGAACGACCCGCUGCAGUUUCCUCCCAGUCUGGAUCCUCAGGGUUGACCUUGACUCCGGUAUGUACGCAUAGAUGCUGCAUGUCUCGCCAGUUGAGGUCGGGACGUACGCUCAAAGCGAGGGCGAAAACACCAGCGGCGUUGGGAGCCGCCGCGGACGUUCCACCAUGGUUACUCGAACAUUUGUUCUUACCGACAUCUGUUGUUGUCUACACAAUAGUUAGCACAC